CCCAGAGUUCCUUGCGCUCUCUAACUUCCGGGUUCACCGCUCCCUGAGAUUCUCCCGGGGCAUGAGGAGAUACAUUUGAAUACAUCAAGCCAUGCUCCAGUGACACUUAAAUGAAAACUAUUUUACGUAUGUCACCGGAUAAACUCUCGGACUGCAUGAUUUAACGGAUAACAACGCAUUUAUUUGUCCGCCGCCAUAUAUCCUGAAACAUGGAGGAUCCAAACAGACCUCAGAGGAAAAUGUCCACAGCAGGAGACAGCCUGUACAAGGUCCUGGGCCUGGAGAAAGGAGCGUCUCCAGAUGAAGUGAAAAGGGCGUACAGGAAAUUAGCAUUAAAGCAUCACCCUGAUAAAAACCCAGACAACCCAGAAGCUGCUGAGAAAUUCAAGGAGAUCAACAACGCCAACUCCAUCCUCAGUGAUGAGAACAAGCGCGGUAUAUACGACGAGUAUGGAUCCAUGGGGCUCUACGUAGCUGAGCAGUUUGGGGAAGAGAGCGUCAAAUAUUACUUCCUCAUGUCCAAAUGCUGGUUCAAGGGUCUUGUGGUUUGCUGCAGUAUUUUCACCUGCUGCUGCUGUUUCUGCUGCUGCUGUUUCUGCUGUGGGAAGUGCAGGCCGCCAGACGAUGAGGAAAAUUUCGUCUACAUGGACCCGGAAGACCUGGAGGCAGAGAUCAGAGAACAAGAUGAGGCAGGAGACCAUGUAAUAAUUAUUCAGCCGAGCUCUAGCAACGCCGCUGAAACUUCAGGUGAAAACGCACCGAUUGUGAUUCAGCCUCACGCAGCCAACGGCACCUCGGGCCCCGGAGCCACGGUCAUAGCACUGCCCCCCGGGGAAUGAAUCAAUAAAUGAGUGAAUGCUUGUUUGAGUCGUGGCGCCGCUGAGAGCUUCAGCUUCUGGACUGCAUCAUCAACAUCAGCAGCAGCAUCAGUUGUGUUGAUGAUGAGUGUAAAUGCAGUGUGUGUUUGUGUGUGUGUGUGUGCGCGUGUGCGCGCGUGUGUGUUUGAUCUCAGAGGCUCAUUUGUUUACAUGUAUCAAGCAGCAGUUCGAUUGUGCCAUAGUUCUUAUUUUUUUUAAUGCCAAUGGUUUAGCCUUUGAUUCAAUCUCAUAUUUAUAUUAUUUUUUAAAUCUUUUUAUUUCUGUAUUUUUUUUUUUUUUUUUUGGGUGGCAUCUGAACUUCAGCACCGGAUGACGGAGCCACGCAGAUCAAAGGCUGUGAUUAGCUCUAGAAUAACUAACUGUUUCUCUUGUGCACUUUAAAGUCGAAAAAUCCUAAAGCUGCCACGAGUACGUCUUGUCCCAGGGCUCAGAAACGUUUUAGAAAUAGUUUAUUGUAAUAGACUUAUUCAGGGUUUUUUUUUCUUUAAGAGAUUGUUAGAUGCCAACCACUUGGUGUUGAGUCACACAGCACAUAGACACAUACUAUAGGAGUAUAAUAAUAAGGACUUACUCAGUAGUGGAGGCCAUAGACAUUCACAGAGAUUAAACAGAUGUAUGUUGCUAUUGUUACUUAACCAGAUUGUGUAUUUAAAAUAUUAGGGUCUUAACAGCUAAUUGGUAAUCAAUUAACAUUAAUAUAGUAAGGAGUGAAUGAGCAUUUUAAUAGACAGAUUAAAGAAUUGACAGAUAAAAGCUGCAUUUUACAUGUAUGUGAGGUGGAGAUGGAACAAUUUCUAUGUCUUUAAAUAAUCUUUUUCUUUUUUUGUUGUUUACUUGAAAAGUGAUAUGAACUGACUUGUAUGUACAGAUGGGGCAUGGAGCUGGAGCAAAGAGGUUGUCAGCUUAGCUCGGGCUAGAAAUAACUAGCCUGACACCUUAAAAAUGGUAGCAUCCUGAAAAAUUCCGUUCUUCCAGUUGCAUGCCUACAGGCGAUUAGCCUAGCUUAGCAUGAAAAGGAACUACUACUUCCUGCUUUUGUAUUUCUGUUUGUGUUCGAACAAAACAAAGAGGUACUAGCUGAGGUGUAGAUCAAAAGAGCCCCUCCAGGUUUUUAUGCUAAGCUAACUGCCCCCUUAGCGACGCUAGGAGAGGCUAGCUGUACCGCUGCUUUAGUUCAGUGCCAGAUAAUUUAACAGGUUACGACAAUUACAUAUAAUCGCACAGGUUGUUUUUUCUACACUUGACACUAAAAGCAGCAUUUUUUAAAAUUAACUUCCCAAAUUUUAUUGCCUUUGAUUCUCUGUGUGUGUAAUUUCAGGACGAUAUUGUUUUGAUUGGAGGUUUUUAAGAGAAAUUGAGUGUAUAUUAAGCUUUUAAAUUAUAUCUCGCCGAGUUCUAUUUUUCUACUUUCUGCUUGGUGUUAAAUAGAGGGUUGAUAUAUAUUUUGUACACAUCUGGACUUAAUAACAUUGCACGGAGAGCGAUAGAAAGUUUGAGUGGAUGGAAUACCAGACAUCGUACUUGACAAACCUCACAAAAGUGCCUAAACAGAUUUAAAUAAAAGUGUUUAUUUUUUUUUUCUUCAGAAUUUAAGGUUAUUAAGACUGUAUAUUUGGUUUCAUUGUCGACAUUCCCAUUCUAUUUUUCUAGUCAUUCCACUAUUGUGUGUUGUCGUCUGUGUCAAAUGACCGUAUUUCUUUAAGAUGAUUGUUUGUCUGAUGAAAUAAACUUGGGUUAAACUGGAA